UAUAGGUUCUUAUAAUUCCAACAUCUUUGGAUUUAUUUUAUCACUGAUCCGUUGGCGGUUAAUCUUAGCCAGAUAACAGUAUGACAAUGGAUCAAUUGUUAAUUUUGGACCAUGGACCAAGACUAUUUGUGCAUUUAAGCUUGUCCUUCUAGUUUACGUUCAUGAUGUGCGCCGUCGACAGUUCACGAAUCUUGAUACAGCAGUAAUACGAAUUACCAUAGUUCGGUAGUCGACAACUUGACAAACAUAACUAUUAACGAUAAUACUCCAAAAUGUCUAUGAAACAUACUGAUGAACAUAUGGAAAAGUUGCCCGAUUCCAACGUCAACCCUUAUGUUAAACUUAUUCGAUUAUCAAAAGAGGAUAUAGAGCGGAAUACGGCCCAUAAUCAUAAAAAGGAGAAUACGUCAACAUUAUUGAAUCAAUGGAAUACUCCUACUGGAUUCAUAAAACAGGAAUUUAUAGUAGAAGAUACCAAUAUGGAGAUCUAUAGAACCACAAUAGAACACACUUCAUGGCAAUCUACGGUGCAGACAUUUGGGACAAAUGUUAAAAUGGAACCUACUGAUAUAAUUGAAGUAAAAACUGAGCAAGAAAACAGAAUUAGAACUAUAAUUGAGGGUAGUACUGCAUUUUCAAACUACAUGGAAAAUGUUAACCGAACAGAAUUUAUUUGCCAAGUAUGCCAGGAUAAUUUUGAUAAUUAUGAAGAAUAUAUAGUCCAUAAAAAUUUAAUACAUAAAAGUAAACCUUUCGUAUGUAAAGUUUGCAAUGCAAAAUUUGUUCUUAAUGCUCAUUUGAAUAUACAUCUGGCUGAACAUGUUGAUGAUGUAUGCAUGUUAAAUUCAUCCGUAAGUCCUUCAGAAAUCCAGUCUUCAUCUAAAAGUAAUUUGACAAUAAAUUCAAAUAGAAAUUACAAGAACUCCAAAUUAACUUCAAAAUUGGCAAAAAAAUGCUGCAAUACUAGUAUUUCAAUAAAUGUAUCAAACAAUUUUACCCAAAACUUAAGUGUAACUGAUCCCAACACAACUUUACAAAAAAACAAAUGCAAGGCAUUUAAGUGUGUAAAUUGCGUGUUUUCAACAGGGUCUGAAACUAAAUUUCUUAAUCAUCAUGAUAUUUGUAAUAACACUUCAAAGGGUAGUGCCAAGUUCUAUCAAUGUAAUUUGUGUAUUAAAACAUUCACAACUCGUUCAGGAUUAAAUGGUCAUUUGAAAUAUCAUACUUUUAGAAGUGAAAUGAUUUCAAGAAGACAACUGGCAUUAAACAAGCAGAAAUUGAAAAAUCAAAUCAAAAAUAGUAGCGUAAAAUCUCAAAAAUAUGUUUUUCCAAAAAUCGCAAAUUUUAACAGAAGUCAUAAGUGCAAAGAUUGCAAUAAACAUUUCACUACACGCAGCAAAUUAAAUAUUCAUUGCAAGCAACACAGACAACAAAUGAUAUGCAAUAUAUGUCAUAAAAAAUUUCUUUUAAAAAAAAACUUUGAAAAUCAUUUACUAUCACACACAAAUGUUAUAAUUUCAAAUGGUAUUUCUAAUGACACUUUAUUUAAUGAAAGUAAUUCACAACAAAACCAAAAUGCAAUUAAGAGGCCAGGUGACAAAAGUGAAAAUCAAAAUAUUUCAAAAUUGUUUCAUUGUUCUUAUUGUAAUAAAAGUUACAAAUCAAAACAAUCUCUGAGCCAACACAAUAGACAGCAUCAUUCUCGUUUUAAACUCCCCCGUCGGAAGCUAAAAUCAAAAACUGUUGAAUGCAAUUGGUGUAGCUUAGUAAUAACAAAAUGUAACUUACUUCGUCAUAUUAAAUCUUUGCAUCCUGACAUUAAUCCUAUACAAUGUUUACACUGUCCAAUGGCAUUUAAGGAUUCUCCUUCAUUAAAAUUGCAUACGUCUAGAUGUCAUACAGCUUAAAUUUCAUACUUAGUUUGUAAUAUGCUUUUAAAUUUUAAUUCAUUCAAUCAUCUUAAAUAGGUAAGAUGCAUUGAAUUAUUGUACAAUGUGGACCAAUUUUUCAGAAUGUUUUUAUACCUGUACCUUUUCCUUUGAAUUAUUUUUUAAUCUCUCCAUUUAUAAAUUAUAUAAGUCUCCUCAUAAUGAAUUAACUUUAUUACCUUAUUGUAAAACUUAAGUUAUAUUUCUAUUCUAAUUUUUAUUUAUAAUUAAGUUAUUUUUUCCAUUAUUUUAUUGUAACAUGAAGACGUGGCAGCAAUAACAAGACAUUUCCAAUUAAAAUAUUUUCUUAGGACAUUAAAAAGCUAUCUGGAAAUGUAUAGUAGUUACAUCAAAAAAUAAACCAGACAUCUCCAUUUUUUUCUAUUUUUCAGUGUCUAAUGAUCAGAUAUAAUAUUUGAUAGUUGCACAAAUCGACUUAUUUAAAAAAAAAAAUUUAUAAUAAUAACUAUAAAAGUGAUUUUGGCAAAAUGUCUUGUAAUUUCUGCCAUGUCUAUUAAUGAUUAUUUAAUUUUGUAUACAUUUAUUUUAAAUGUAAAAUAAUAUGCUAGCACAACAAUUAUCGGUAUUGCAAUGUUUCCUCCGCUGAUUUUUUGGUGGUACUGGUAUUACAGUCCGUGAGCAAUCUUACUUAAGUAUAAAUAAUAUUAGUUAGGUUAAAAGAUCUGAUUUUUUUAAUUUUUAUUAUUUAAUGUUAUAAUUGUAAUAUUUGUACUAGUAAAUUGUGUAUAAUACAAUAUUUGAUUUUGAUUAUAUAUAUUGAUAAAAAAAAAUAUUGAUUUGUACAUCUAAUAAAAGGCACCAUUCAUUUAUCUA